AUGGCUGAUACGGAGACACAUUUGCUUGAGAUACCCGCCAGUUUGGACGAAAUACGUCCGCGUUCGGCCAGUUGGUCGUACUGCAAGGGCUCUCGGGCCAGCUCCCCGUGCGGACUCAACAGGCACGGCAAUCACGUCACCAUCCAAGACAAACGAGUCUCGGUCUCCUCAACCUGCCGAGGGAGACCUCGCAGCGACAGCAUCCCAGCCACAGUGUAUCGAAGUCUUCCAAACUCGGUGACAAGACUCCUUCAGCACGGCGACACGGAGUUGAUUCCCGUUCGAGAAUUCAGCACCUCCCCCAAGGGAUUGCUCAAGAAAGCGGACACUUUCAGAAUUAUAUCUCGGAGCAAUCAGAGUAUGUCGUCGACGGGGAGUGCAGAGUUAGGGGACUAUUUCACGGGGGACCGAGAGGGGUAUCGUCUGCGCUCCAACAGUGUGAUGUCUGGCGGGAGCAGUCAUUACAGUGAGGAUGCCUGUAGCGACGUGGGGCGUAUCUACAGGGUGAUGAUGCUGGGCCACGAGACGGUGGGGAAGAAGGCCCUGGUCCAACAGUUCAAGACGUUAGACUUUGUGGAAACUUUUGACACGGACGAAUUGGACAACAGCCAGACGUCAAUAUCAGUCGUCCUUAAUGGGGAAGAAGCCGAGCUUGUGUUUAUUAAUCCAUCAAAGGCUGAGAACACAGACUGGCCGAGAGACGUCCACGCCGAUGCCUACGUCAUCGUGUACGCCGUGUCCAACGAAGACUCGUUCAAGCACGCUGAGCGACUACUUGAAGAACUAAAAAGUGGGCAGACCAAGGACCGGUCUAUUAUUCUAGUCGGAAAUAAAACCGAUCUUGCCCGGGGUAGGGCAGUGUCGACAGCCGACGGAAAAGCACUGGCUAUGCGAUUUAAUUCCAAAUUCAUCGAAACGUCAGCACUUCUGAAAAUAAAUGCGGACGAACUGCUAGUUGGCAUUCUGACACAUAUACGGCUUCGGGAAUUCACGACAGGUGGCGGUACCUACAAGGACAGACCACGCCGAAAGUCUAAAUCACCGGUAGAUCUCGCUAAAGACUUGUAUGAUAGACUCACUCUGUCUCCUUGUCGUAAUAGACGAAAUUCUCACCAAGUUUGCGAAGAUUUUAAUCUUAUGUAAGAACAAGGAAACGGUCAGAUGGUAGCAUCGGCCAAAAAUAUGAAACUCAAAAUAUGUGAACGCACAACAACUUGAACAUACGUCUAUCGUCUUUUUUUUGGCUGCGGCUAGCAGCGGGAACUGCACAUUGAAGGAAUAUUGGUCCUACUUGAAUAUCAUCAACGUAAAAUCGGGUAUAUAUAUCACACUCAACGUACCAACCAGCCUGGCCAAAACAGAAACACGUACAGACCAAAUGGACAGCAUUGUUUUUGUUAAGUAGCGGAUGGAACAAUCCGAAAAGGUGUUCGUUUUCCUCUCCUUAUUGUCGUACUUCUGUAGACUCUCUGAACUGUAAUUUUCUCCUUCAGUGGGAAGUUUCAGUGGACGGAUCCAUGAUUUUGUUUUGG